CAGGAAGAUAAAUGAGUGUGAAACAAGGUGGCACGGUGGUAGGUAUAUGUGGUGAUGGGCGAAGGUUUUACAAUCUCAAACAAAUCCACUGUCAAAUCCAUAUUCAAAUUUCUCUCUGAGAGGAUAAUGCUAUUUCAUAGUUAAAUUAAGUCAAGUCAUUUUUAUUUAUAAUAUACCAAAUCAUAACAGAAGUUAUCUACAGAGCAGGUUGACUGAAGUCUUCACAGUGUAUUCCUUCAGUACACGGAACAUGUCAAAUCUGUACAUUUGAAAUUUCAGCAUGAUAAGAUGGUUUACCCUCUCUGUUCUCAGUCUACUGACCACCGACAGAGCUUGUACAUUGACUUGCCACACCCUGACAGCGAGAAGCUGGGUGGGUAUGUGUCUAAACUGUCAAGCAAGAAAUGAGUCAAGCAUUUAAGAGGGCAGGAUUUCGUUUAUAUUCUAGGAUGCACUGAGCAGGAUAAAGCUUUACGGACAGCAGCCUGAUGCCAUGUUACCCAGUUCCAGACCAGUGAUCUGUGCCAUUUUGCCCAGUUGCCAUGACACCAUCUGGAUCCCAAGCCUUCCUCUUCUUCCUCACCCUCCUCAGCUUUCUCUCGUCCCUGUUUUAUUUCAACUUGUUGGACCAGAAGUUUCAUCUGCAGAAAAAUCAUCCAGGUGUUCUACAAAGAAACAUCAGCAUCCUGCUGUGGCACUGGCCAUUUGGCCGCUCCUACAGGCUCGAUGGGGACAAAUGCCUCCAGAUGUACAACAUCAGCCGCUGUUUUCUCUCUGAUAACACCUCUGCCUUCUCCAGUGCUGAUGUGGUCGUCUUCCAUCACCAGGAGCUGAGUAAUGGUUUAUCGCCACUGCCCUUGCACCUGGAUCGUCCAGCCUCCCAGCACUGGGUGUGGAUGUCCAUGGAGCCUCCUGUCAACAACAUAAACCUUAGUCAGCUCAAUGGCCUCUUCAACUGGACAAUGAGCUACAGACAUGAUGCAGACAUAUCCAUCCCUUAUGGAGAAACCAUUCAAGGAAGUGAUGAGCUCAGCUUCCAGCUUCCUGUUAUAAAUCGCUCCUGUCUUGUCAGCUGGGUUGUCAGCAGAUAUCAGUCUCGCCAGGCUCGGGCUGGUGUUUACCAAAGUCUAAAGAAGUAUAUCCCCAUAGAAGUGUACGGCAGGUGGAGCAGGAAACCUCUGUUGGACAAGAAGCUGUUGCCGACCAUUGCAAAGUGUCUAUUUUACCUGUCUUUUGAGAACUCUGAGGCGAAGGACUACAUCAGUGAGAAGCUCUGGAGGAACGCUUUCCAAGCAGGAGCCAUACCGGUGGUUCUCGGCCCCAGCAGGGCCACAUAUGAGGCCCUGGCUCCCCCUGGUUCCUUUAUCCAUGUGGAUGAUUUCAAGAGCACAGCACAUCUGGCUGCCUACCUGAAGCGUGUGGCUGCAGACAGACAGGCCUACGAGCAGUACUUCCAGUGGCAUCGCACUCACAGAAUCAAAACCUACACUGACUGGAGAGAGAGGCUGUGUCAGAUCUGUGUUGACUACCCCAGUUUACCAGCCAGUAGAAUCUACCACAACCUGGAGAGCUGGGUUAACAGCUAAGAUUUUAGCUCUUCUUCUCGCUUUGAGUUCAAUGAGGUGUGACCACAUGCAAAAGUGAAGUACUACACGUGAUGUGGGAAUACUCAGUCAACCAUAGAAUUUUGGUUAUAGAGUGAGGAACUGCACACAACAGAAACAAGGUUCAGUCUGAAAAAGCAGAAGUGGGAACUUGUGUGUAACCAUAAAUAAGCAUGUAACAUUUGCUUCAACCACAGAGGCGCGUUUCUCUACACACAGUGUGAAAAGUGUGGGAUAUUUCAUUCUUCAACUGAAAUGUCUGCACAUCAAAUUAUGACAGAGUCAUUAUGUUUUCAUUUUCCUGCCUGCUCAGUGUGCUUUCACAAUGAUUUCAUUUUUGCAGUUUGGUUCAAUUUAGGCAGCUGAAAGUACUUGGUUAAGCACAACUAUAAAUAAUAUUUGUGUAGCACUCUCAACAUAGUUAUAAGUGAUCUUACAAAGUACAAGAGAGACCUUAAAUAAAUGACACAGUAAAAAGUAAAACCAGAUAAAUGACAUAGAACGCCAUUUUGUUCAGACUGCGAUCAGUAAUUUAUUCCACAGUUUAGAAGUCAUGACAGUAAAUGUGUGGUGAGCUUUGAUACAGCCUGGAGCUGAACCAUUUAACUCUGUAAGUGAUUAAUAGAAUUUUGAAGGUAUUUUUUUCUGGUAGCAAUGAGAAGUCAAUGCAUGAGGGCUAAAAAUUGGGGAAACAUGUUUUCUUGUCAUAGUUCAAAGUUGUGGACAAUUUGGUGCUUUGUGUGUUUUUGCUGUGUAAAAAAAUAUAUCAGAAUCUUUUGUACGACAUUUUGUACACCCGAUCGUUCUCCCUAAAGGCCUCAGGAUGCUUCAAACAAAAUGUUGAUCAGACUUUCUGAAAGACAUUUUGAUCAACAUUAACGUGGUCUGAUACAAAACCUGCAUCUGAUCAUAUUUGUGACUUUGAAAUCAGCAAUCCGACAACCGCACCCAUGCAACAAACGCCUUGUGUGUGGAGGUGUGAAAGAAGACUGAGCAGGGUUCUCUCUCAAACUCUCUUUUGUCAGGCUUGACAUGUUUUUUGCGUACAGUGAGAUUGACAUUUGUACAAUUCAUCACCACGUUGAGAACAGACAAGCAAAAGACACGGAGAGCUUGGAGAGAUCGGGGAGGACAUUUGCUGUAUGAGAUCAGUGGGUGGUGGAGGAGGAUUAUUCAGAGCAAUUAAAACCUUCCUAUGUUCCACAAAAAGAAAGAAAACGUGGCAGAAAUCAUACAAAAAGACUAAAUUGACAGUUAGCUUAAAGCUAGGUUAAAGUUGCCAACUGUCAAUCAGGAUUGUAUCUACCACUGAUGACAUUGAGGUCCUCUGUUUUUUAUCUGGGAAUGUGGGAUCUGUACCAUCUGAGGAGCAAUUAUAUUCCACACCUACACAUUACACAAUGUGGGUUUUCAAUUACUUGAAUCCAGUGUGGACUCUUAUGUUUAGAUUUACUUUUUGACUUUUUCAGCCAACAAAAUAAAUAAAUAAAGCAUUCAGCAUUUCCCAUCAGAAUCGUAUUCCCGGCCUCCACAAAACUUUGUGCAUUGGAGGGACUUGGACUCGUGAAUUCAAUCAACACAAUUAGCAGGCUAAUAAAAGGGUCUCAAGUUGCACUCCUGUAACACAGUAAGACAUUGAAAAAGCAAUUUAGAGUCACCGUUGAACCUACUCUGCAAAGGAAGAGCAUGAAGCUGACCAGCCAGUCAAACCCAGAACCUGCAACCUUCUCACUGUGUGGUGACAAUGCUAACCACUGCGCCAAUAUAAUGACCCCAACAAAUAAAACUCACCUCCUGAUCCAAAAGUGGCUCAUGAAAGGGGAAGGGUAGUAAUAGUAUAAUAUAUAUGCUACACUGAUGAAAUCAAAAAUGACAACUUCUUAAAUGCCAAUGAUGCAUAUAUGAUGAUGAAAACCAGAAAACCACUUCCAAUUCAGCUUCCUCUGAUGAAAGUACUGUUUGUUUAUUAUUCUCUCUUCUUCUUGGAGACUCAGGAGAACACAGGUUCAAUUUCUUCCAUUUGAUUUAAUUUCUGCUGCUGUUGAGAGGUGAUGGUAGUAACAUGUUUGAAAACCAAAUUUUGAAAAACAUUAAACUCGAAUUAAAUGAUGGAUCAACUCUAGCGCAGUCAUCAUCAUCGUCUUCAUCAUCACCUUCAACAUGUCCCGAUUUGACAUCAUGACAAGGCACACCCAUCAGUAGAGAUAAGCUUUUAGAUGAAAGGGAGGCUCAUCUAAAGGAAAUGUCUAUCUGAUUCUGGUGUUGCAGCACUUUGAUAAGGACUGCAAAGCAAUUGUGAUGUGCAUGGAGUGUAACCGUGAUCACAUCUCUGCAUUACAUCCAGGUCCAGCUCUGUGAUCAGAUGAGGUUCUGCUAAUGGCAAUGCAUGGCAAGGAGCAAAACAGUGGCUCAUCACCUGAAGCCACAUCCAAGUGCACACAAAUCUUUGGCCAGUCUUGGGCCCAGAUCAUGUCCCAUAAUCCGGCUGGUUCAUUUGUACCAGACAGGACAUGAAAACCAGAACCUGCCCCCCAAGUGUUCCUGAUGGUGGUCAGAACAUUCUGGGUGCACUUAAGAUACAUGAACAGUACAAUGGUGCAUAACAUAACACACCAUAUGCACAGUGAGCGGAUUUAGGCUGAGGAAUUGAAACAGGGGAUCAAGUUGCUUUUGACUGAAGUGACAGUUUUAGUAGCCAUAACUGUGGAUGUUGGGCAGAUGUUUUACUGCUUUAUAGUCAGAGAAAACCUCCGGACCAGAAUCACAGAGUCGCCCCUAAAGGUGCAUGUUUUUGGAAACUGCCGCUCACCAGUUGUGGCCAUCUAUGGACUGAAGGAAGUAGCUGAACUGGGUGAGAAGGAACAUGGAUCAGAAGUCUCCCCCUUUGAAACUCCUGUGUGGCUGAUGGCCCGAACUUUGUGUCCAGACUGUUUCUUGAGGAAGUGGAGGCAGGAGUAUCUCGCAAUGUUGCAGACAAGGAGGAAGUGGGAAGAGAAGGUGCUGUCUCCUUACUUAAAGAGAGUCAAGUGAGUUGUAAUGAGUGGUCUCUGGGACCUAUUGUCAAAGCCAUAAGGGGCGACAAUAAGGUGCAGAAAAGUCGAGGUCAGAUUAAAGAAACAAGGGACUGUCAAACAUCUCAGGCCUGUUACAGUGGUCUACUGUACUUAGUAGUGGUAUACUUGUUACAGUAAUAUACCAGGCAGGGAGUGCUCUGAUCCCUGGUGGACAUUUUAUGUAGGGUUUUAUUUGUCUUGACCGCCAUUUUGUUUUCACUUGAUCAAAGAACAACCCACAGGGAGCUCUCCUUCGGUUUAGCCGAAGUAGAUUUGUCUGUAAGUACAUAUCUGAAAUAUUGUCAUAAUGAGUGUUUUCAUGGGGAAAUUGUUCUGUGGAAGGAAAAUGAUUUUAGCUGUUAGGUGAAUGUAUGUUUCACGUUACCUCCCCUUGAAGCUUACUAGCUAACUAAGAGGGGAAUUUUUUCUGUGGAGGUGUUAAGCUAAUAACUGUAUAACUCAUAUGCUAAUUCCUAUCUGAGUUACUUAUCAUGCUGAACGUUUGUGUCCGAUUGAAAUACUGUACUUACCUUAGUGCAGCAGAUAUCAGGGAAGUCUUUCAAAUGUGGAUACAAAUAGAAAACUUGGCACAAAUCCUCAUAAUAUCCAUAUUACUCAUGUAUGUAUGAAUGAUGUAGGUGUGAAAUCAUAAAUUUGAACAACAUAUAAAUAUAAAGAAUGUUAAUUGCAUAUGAGCACAUUCAGUAAAAAUAUCAGCAAACUCACAAAAAUGUCCUAAUAAAAUCAUGAGUUCGUGGUGAUUUAUGCAUUUAA